CUGUUGCUCCAGCCCGCCGAGUGCGUUGCCGUGGAGAGGGACGCGGAGGCUGCGCCGCUGCGGGCGCGGCUGGGCGGUGGCCCCAGAAUAGAGACCCCUGGUCCGGUCCCCCCCCAGGGCGAGUCCCACAGAGUCCGUCUCGCCUCCGCGCCGCGUGGGCCGUCCCAGGGCCGCUGCGGACGGCGCCGGCAUGUCGGGCGAGGCGAGUACGCCCGGCGCCUCCCCCAGGGCCCCGCGUCCCGGGACCCAGAAGUCGUCCGGCACAGCGAGCAAGAAGGGGGAUCGCGGGGCCAAGGAGAAGUCGGCCGCCGCCCUGCCGCCGGUGGGCGAGGAGGAGUCCAGGAACCCCGAGGAGUACCAGUGCACCGGGGUCCUCGAGACGGACUUCGCCGAGCUCUGCACGCGCUCGGGCUACACGGACUUCCCCAAAGUGGUCCCCCGGCCUCGCCCGCACCCGGCCUUCGUCCCCUCCGCCUCGAUGACGGAAAAGCCCUUCCAGGACGAUCAGCGCCUGUCGGCGUCUUGCAGCCUCAACAGCCUGGAGAGCAAAUACGUGUUUUUCCGGCCCACUAUCCAGGUGGAGCUGGAUCCCGAGGAGAAGUGGGUGAAGGAAAUCUACAUCCGCGGCUGGAAGGUGGAGGAGCGGAUCUUGGGCAUCUUCUCUAAAUGUCUGCCGCCCCUCAGCCAGCUGCAGGCCAUCAACUUGUGGAAGGUGGGGCUGACGGACGCGACCCUGACCACCUUCAUCGCCUUGCUGCCUCUCUGCGCACCCACGCUCAGGAGGGUGUGUCUCGAGGGCAACCCGCUGCCCGAACAGUCCUAUCACAAGCUCAUGGCCGCGGACAGCACGUGAGGCUGCUUUUCUCUGCGGAACAACGCCAUCGACGACCGCGGGGCGCAGCUGCUGGGCCAGGCUCUGUCCACGCUGCGCAGCAGCAACCGGACCCUGGUUUCUCUCAACCUGGGCUUCAACCACAUCGGGGACGCGGGCGCCGGCUACAUCGCCGACGGCCUCCGGCUGAACCGCGCCCUGCUCUGGCUGUCGCUGGCGCACAACCGCAUCCAGGACCAGGGCGCCCUGAAACUGGCCGAGGUCCUGCGUCCCUUCGAGCUGACGCACACCGAGGUGGUGGAGCGCCGCCGCCUCCUGCUGGGGAAAGGGACGCAGGAGCGCUCACUCUCGGCUUCCUCCUCCCGACUCGGCGACGUCAAAGGGGACCGAGAGAAGACCCUGCUGAUCGGGGUGGGCAGUGCUGUGCUGGCGGAGAAGCCGGACAAGACGCAGACGACGAGGACCCUGAAAGGCUUGAGCAAGAAGAAGGAGAAGUCCGGGGAAUCCGUGAAGAAGGAGGAGAAGUCAGGGUCAGGGCAGUCGCCCACGCAAGGAAUCCCCAGGAAAGAAGACCUGGCAAAGUCAGGCAAGGGGAAGGUCUCCGUCCCUGAGCAGAAACAAAGCAAGGGGAAAGGGCCCAAGACUGGAAACAAAGAGAAGCGCAGCCUCCUGCUGGAGUCCGAGCUGGUUGCUGAAGCCCCGGAGACGGUCAGUGCCCUCCUGGAGCCCGCGGAGCACCGCCAUGGGAAGGUUUUCCUGCCUGGGAACAAGGUCCUUUUGCACCUCAACCUCCUCCGAAACCGCAUCACCGAGGUGGGGCUGGAGGGCUUUCUGGCCACCGUGCAGCACCAGGCCCAGUUCUUCAAGUCCAAGAGCCCGUCCAAGGGCCCGGCGGGGCUGCUGUGGCUGUCCCUGGCGAAAAACUGCUUCUCCCCACAGUGUCCUGCUUACGCCAUGAUCCAAGAGCUGAUGCUGCCGAGGGACCCUGUCAGUAAGGCCAAGCCCAGAGAGGAGACAGCCACGGCUUCCUCCACUUAGCCACCUCUCCCCCCUGCCCCAGGAGCCCCCAAGUGGUGGGCUGGCCUGCGGAGGAGGGAUCUCGGAUCAUUAACAAACUCCAUUGCUGUGUUUCCCUUGAGAUUGUCUAAAAACUGUUCCAGAACUGCCAA